UGGGAGCAGGAGCUCUCAUUGGCUCAUUCCUUCGCAGACUAUCCCGCUUGGCUCAAGAGCAGCAAAGGCGACAGGGGUGGCAGAUGAGGCACUUGGUAAUGUGCGCACAGUAAAAGCUUUUGCAAUGGAGGAACGAGAGCUCCAGUUAUAUGCAUAUGAAGUUGACAAAUCAUGUGAAAUGAAUGAAAAUCUUGGUACUGGGAUUGCCAUUUUCCAAGGGCUGUCAAACAUAGCCCUGAACUGCAUUGUCCUUGGAACUAUUUUUGCUGGAGGAACUUUAAUUUCAAGCAAUGAAAUGUCUCCUGGAGACCUAAUGUCCUUUUUGGUUGCCUCUCAGACUGUUCAGAGGUCUUUGGCCAGUAUCUCCAUACUUUUCGGUCAAGUGGUAAGAGGAAUGAGCUCUGGGGCUCGGGUUUUUGAAUACCUUGCUUUGCAGCCCACUAUCCCCCUCUCUGGAGGAGGACGCAUCCCAUACCAUUCACUCACAGGAAGAGUGGACUUCAUGAAUGUCUCGUUCAGUUAUCCAACAAGACCUGGCCAUCAAGUCUUGCAGAGGUUCAGUUUGACACUACCACCCAGUAAAACAGUCGCCAUUGUUGGAGAAUCUGGAGGAGGAAAGUCCACAGUGGCGUCCCUGCUGGAGCGUUUCUAUGACCCUACCAGCGGCGUAGUCAUGUUGGACGGCCUCGACAUUCGAACACUUGACCUUUGCUGGCUCAGGAGCCAAGUUAUCGGAUUCAUCAAUCAGGAGCCAGUUUUGUUUGGAUCAUCCGUCAUGGAGAACAUCCGUUUUGGGAAGCCUGAGGCUACAGAUGCUGAGGUCAUUAAUGCAGCAAAGCAAGCCAAUGCUCACGGCUUCAUCACGGGUUUCCCAGACGGCUAUAACACCGUGGUUGGUGAGCGAGGUGUGACAUUAUCAGGUGGACAGAAACAACGCAUUGCCAUUGCCCGCGCUUUGAUCAAGAACCCCAGUAUUCUGGUGCUGGAUGAAGCCACAAGUGCUCUGGAUGCAGAAUCAGAGCGAGUGGUGCAAGAGGCUCUGGACAGAGCCACAAGGGGUCGCACUGUGCUCAUCAUCGCCCACCGAUUAAGCACCAUUCAAAGGGCUGACUUGAUCUGCGUGAUGAGCAAUGGUCGUAUUGUGGAGGCUGGGACACAUGUGGAACUGCUGAGCAAAGGAGGAUAUUAUUCUGAUCUCAUCCGCAGGCAAAGAGCUGAGGGGCAAAAAUGACCACACCCAUAUUUGUUUACAGUAGCUGUAUAAUACUGUAUAAUGGUGCUUAUUUUGAAAUGCAUAGCAAGACAUGUGUGGAAAAUUAAUUAUUUAAAAUGUACUGUAAAUUUGCCAGCUCUGUGACUAGUUUUAUGAGAACUUACAAAUGUGUAUGAACAAAUGGACCAAUGUGGAUUGGCCUGUGAUGAACAAAUUACACUACUGUAUGCGCUGUUAUUUCCAAUAUUGUUGAUAGAAUGAUAGAUUAUAAUGUGCUGGGACAAAAUAUUAAAAUUACUUAAAUUAA